AUGGUGGAUGCAGAACUGCCACUGGGGCCUCUGGGCCGGCUUUGUUGUAACAGACGAGCACGUGCACGCGGUGAAAAGACAUCCGCAGGUGCACCCAUAAGCUCAACUGCUACGCCCUGCACCGAAGCCGAACCUGUGCAAAGUACAUCGGAUGCUCCAGAUGAUGGUUCCGAUGCGAGCAAGGAGGUCCCACACUCCGAGAGCUCCUGUCCUGAUGAGCGGCACUUGGGUCCAACCACAGGUGCUGCCGCAGGAGCCCACGGACCUCCCAACGGUUCCGCUGAAGGAGUGGAGGAGACUGGCAGCAGCGGAUACUUCUCCAAUUCCACCAGCAGCGAAAGUGAUAUGAGUGAUCCAUGCUUUUGGAAGCCGCAACGUAUUCAAAGCGAUAGCAGUGCUGCAUCAGCGACCAGUUCAGAAUUUCGCCAAGCUGAAGCUGAAAAGAAAGCUCUGGAAGAACUCAUGGGCAAGGUGCCGGUCACUGACUUUGGUGAACCAACAUCUCUGGGAAGCAUGAACCAUCCCGUGUCUUGCUCUCCGUGCAUGUUCUUCGCCAAGCCCUCCGGGUGCAUCCGGGGAUUGCAAUGUGAGUUCUGUCAUUUUCCACAUCAAGCGGCGGCUCGUCGACCUGGCCAACAGCCCAGGACGACCUCAACGGGAAAGGGUAUCUCGAAAUGA